UAGGGAGGGAAGGAGGGUGGCUGGCUGGCUGGCUAGCUAGCUAGCUACAGUGGUUUGCUCAGCACUGGUCAGUCUUGCCCCACACACUCUAUUAACCAGUGUUUCCGUAUUCCCGGCAGCUUCUCCCUGCACCGAGCACCGCCAGGCAGCACCAGAGAGGCACGAGUACUUAAGGGGUCAAUUUCAAAAUGAGAUACGUUACGUAUAUAAGCCAGCGGCUGGCGGCAACUCGUCUGUGACGUCAUCAACGAUCCGGGACUCGCUCGGCUCCAGUGUCUCCUCGUCAAUAUUUACCGAUGGAGGACGCAGGUUACCACACGGAGGGGGUGAAGGAAGCUCGGGAACUUCUGAAGGAGGGGCAGUGAAGGAGGGAGUCCUGGAAGUGGAGGAAAUGCAGAAAAUUCCUUUAAUACUGAACGCUUCUCUCGUCAGACCAUCCUUCACCGAAUAUUUGGAUCGCUCUAUAUUAUAAAUCUUGUAAUACUUGUAAACACCUGUAUGCUGUUGUGAAGAAGCAGAGCGCACUGCGGACGACGUGACCACAACAACGUUCUGAGAGAUCCUUGUUAGGAGCUGUGUCACGAAUUAGGUGUCACACAACACGGACACACAAACUCCACAUGGCUACUCAGCAAGGCACCCACAACUACUACCAACUAACCCCUGGGAAACUUGGAUGUGAAGUUCGGAACAUUGACCUGAAGAAGGACGUACCUGCAGAAGUUAUUGCAGCCAUUAAAGAGGAUGUAACCAAGCAUAGGAUUUUGAUUUUCAAGGAUCAAGGUAUAAUCAGUGGAGAUCGACAUGUUGAAAUUGCAAAAUGGUUUGAAGAACCAGACUCAACCUUCUAUAAACACCCACGAUCUCCACAUCCUGAUGUAUUCAGGGUCUCCAAUGACCGCACAGAGGGCUGUACAAAUGUGGGACGAACAGGCUGGCACAUUGAUGGCAGUUUUCAGCAAGCUCCCUUUGGUUAUGCUUUGUAUCAUAUGGUCAGUGUUCCAAAGAGUGGUCCAACUGUGUUUUGUCCACUAACUGAACUUAUAGAGCAGCUUCCCCUUGAACAACGAGUGCGGUGGGAACGUCUUCACAUGAUAAGUGACCGUCGAUCUGGUCCCAUUCAUCCCAUGAUAUACUCACAUCCACUUACCAAAAAAAAGGUGUUGUGUUUCCAUUUGGGCAUGACUGAAUCUUUCAUCUGGGACUACAAUACUCCCCAGCAGAGACUUACAAAAGAUGAAGAGACUUAUGCAAUUCUCCAAGAAAUUCAUAAGGAAAUUGUCAAGAAUAAAGACACACUUCAGUAUAGGCAUGAGUGGAGUGUGGGAGACUUCAUCAUAUCUGAUAACCUGUCUGUAGCACACGAGGCUGCCCCAGAGACCCAGCUGUCCCGCAAGGAAGUGGGACUCAGGGUGUUGCACAGAGUCACCACCAAGGGACACUCACCUCCAGCAAAGCUUUAUGAUUAUAAAAAGGAACUUGGUGUGAAGUAGGCAUUCACCUUAUGAACAGAUAUACAUGUCAGAAUGUGUCAGAGGAUGUAAGAUAUUCAGUUAGAAAAAUACCAGUUGAUGUAGUUGAUGACAGAGUGAGGGUGGCAAGAAGCUUGUUCACUGUUAUUACAUCUCAACAAACAGAUAUGUAUGGGAUGGCAGAAGCGCAGCUGGUAUACCACUCAAGCCGUUGUAACACCAUGGAAUUGUAUGGAAACCAAGUCAGCAGGUGACAGAAGUAUGGUGCUUGGCAGUAGUGUGGCGGCUCAUGUGGGAACUGCAAUCAUAUACUUAUUCCUUGUUGCUCUUCAAUAGGAUUUGCUCCAGAUGAUAAAAAAAUGAGGCAAAUAGUACACAACCUCCACAAUGUUUUAUUUACAAACUAUACCAAUGGAUGGUAAGGACACAUCACUGUCAAUAUCAAGCUGCUCAAUUAUAUAAUUCAAUAUAUAUAUACCAUCUGCUAAAUCAGAGUUAUUUCUGUAGAUAUUCAUUCAUCUUUUACCCAAUUAAAUACUCAUUGUUUAGUCAUCAAAUAUGUUUCUUACAGCCUUGACAAAUAGUUGAUGACUGGUAUACUGGCAGAUGGCUGAAAUACCAAUGUUUCCCAUGCAUCUUUCACAAGCUGGAGGAUUUUUUAUCUUCUUUUUUUACACUUGAAUGGAAAUUUAUUGAUCUUUAUACUUACAGUAGCAUAUUAUGUAUGUGUGUAAGAAAUGCUUUACUAGUCCAGGCAAGUCGUGGGCAGAAGUGAAGUAUUAUUUGAUCUGUGCUGCCAACUUUUACCAUUUCAGAUCCAGUGCUCGAUAUCUUAACAAAUUGCUUAAUUCACCUAAAUGGAAACACUUUAUCUUUAUACAUGUAAUAAUACACCUAUGUAACUCGGAUGUUUCAGUGUUGCAGGGGAAUGUCUGGUGGCAAUGGUGCAUCACCAUUGGAGUCAUUCAUUGUACUGGUUCUGAUACAUUGUCUGCUUACUUGAGAAUAAUGAAAAAUGUUGUGAUAAAUUAUCAAUUUUUGAUAUAAAUAUGAGAUUACUAUUAUUUCAUUGUAUGGUUAUAGGUAUUCAACAUAUUUCCUUUUCUCUGACUAAAACAUAUACUGCAAUGUGAAGUCCAAAUAUUCCUUGUUAUUCAAAAUCAGCAUGGUUUAAUGCUGAUUGUAUAGAGGCUCUGUGUUUUUCUGAUACAGUGCCGUACACAACAAAUGCAUUUCAGUGUUUACUUUAAUAUUCUUUAUUAGGAUGUGGAGGCAUAUUAUGUGCUGCCAAAUAUGGUAUCCUUAUCUGUGUUUUAAGUAAUAUCUGCUGUGAGAUUAUUAUUCAACUAAUAAGUUUGCAAGUAUUUUCAUAUUUUCUAUAUGUAUUUAUUUAUUGGGAACUGUGAUAAAAUUUUAUGAUUUUAUAUUGGAAAUGUAUGCAUGAUGUACUGAGAAUUUAAAUAUAUUUUCUUGCUUAA